AUGCCCGUGGCCAAUCCGAGGUGCGUUAUGUCGGGGGCGGACGCGGAGGUGUAUUUCUCCCAGGCGCACGACGGGAGCGUGUCGUCGGGCUUCCGGGCGCUCUACGAGGAGCGUCUGCUGCUGGACGUCACGCUGACGGUCGAGGAGCACCACUUCCAGGCUCACAAGGCGCUGCUGGCCACCCAGAGCGACUACUUCCGGGUCAUGUUCACGGCGGACAUGCGCGAGCGGGACCAGGACAAGAUCCACCUGAAGGGGCUGACGGCGUCGGGGUUCGGCCACAUCCUCCGCUUCAUGUACUACGGCUCGCUGGAGCUCAGCAUGAUCACCGUGCAGGAGAUCCUCCAGGCGGCCAUGUACGUGCAGCUGACGGAGGCGGUGGAGUUCUGCUGCUCCUUCCUGCUGGCCAAGAUCUGUCUGGAGAACUGCGCCGAGGUCAUGCGGCUCCUGGAGGACUUCAGCGUGGGCGCCGAGGGCGUCCAGGAGCGCCUGGACGACUUCCUCUUGGACAACUUUGUCCCGCUCAUGAGUCGAGCAGACUUCCUGUCCUACCUCAGCUUGGAGCGACUGCAGGCGUACCUGAACAGCGACGCCCUCAGUCGCUACCCGGAAAUCGAGCUGUACGAAGCGGCGCAGUCGUGGCUGCGGCACGACCGUCGGCGCUGGAGACACGCCGACGCCGUGGUCCGGUCGGUCCGCUUCUGCCUCAUGACGCCCGCCGACAUUUUCGAGAAGGUGAAGACGUCGGAGUUCUACCGCUAUUCCAGGCAGUUGCGUCAAGAAGUGGAGCGGGCCGCGGGCUACUUCCACGACGUCCACCGGCAGCCGCUGGCCGGCACGCGGGCCAACCGCAUCCGCUCGCGGCGCCCGCAGACAGCCGUCUUCCGCGGCAUGAUCGGCCACAGCAUGGUCAACAGCAAGAUCCUGCUGCUGCGGCGGCCCGAGGCCUGGUGGGAGCUGGAGGGCCCCCAGGUGCCGCUGCGACCCGAUUGCUUGGCCGUGGUGGACGACUUCGCCUUUCUGCUCGGGGGGGAGGAGCUGGGGCCCGACGGCGAGUUCCACGCCUCCUCCAAGGUCUAUCGCUACGACCCCCGACAGAACUCCUGGCUGCGCAUGGCCGACAUGUCCGUGCCCAGGUCGGAGUUUGCCGUGGGCGUGAUCGGCAAGUUCAUCUACGCGGUGGCGGGUCGCACUCGAGACGAAACCUUCUACUCCACCGAGCGCUACGACAUCACCCAGGACCGCUGGGAGUCGGCGGACCCGUACCCGGUCAACAAGUACGGACACGAGGGCACGGUCCUGGGGGGCAGGCUCUACAUCACCGGCGGCAUCACGUCCUCGUCCACCUCCAAGCAGGUGUGCGUCUUGGACCCGGGGCGGGAGGCGGCCGGCGGCUCGGACUCGCUACGGACGCGCCGCGGCGCUCCCGACGCCUCCCGCCCCGGCUGCUGGGAGAACAAAUCCAAAAUGAACUACGCCCGCUGCUUCCACAAGAUGAUCUCUCACAACGGGAAGCUGUACGUCUUCGGCGGCGUGUGCGUGGUCCUGCGCGCGUCCUUCGAGUCGCAGGGCUGCCCGUCCACCGAGGUGUACGACCCGGACGCCGACGAGUGGACCAUCCUGGCCUCCAUGCCCGUGGGGCGCAGCGGGCACGGCGUGGCGGCGCUGGAGCGCCGCAUCGUGGUGCUGGGCGGCCUGUGCUACAACGGCCACUACAGCGAUUCCAUCCUGACCUUCGACCCCGAAGACAACAAGUGGAAGGAGGACGAGUACCCCCGGAUGCCUUGCAAACUGGACGGGCUGCAGGUGUGCACGCUGCGCUUCCCGGAGUACGUGCUGGAGCACGUCAGGCGCUGCAGCUGA